AUGGCCCAGAACACAGGACUCAAACAGGUAAUCAUUGUUGGCGCGGGUCCUUCAGGAUUGAUUCUUGGUAUUCUUCUCGCAAAAGCCGGCAUUCAUGUUCUGCUCCUCGAACAAUCGGCCGAACUCGAUACUAAUCCUCGAGCUGCGCAUUACGCUCCUUCCACAGUUCGUGAGUUGAGACGAUGUGGACUUCUAAAAGAGGUGCAAGAAGCAGGUUACAUGCCACAAGGGGUCUGCUGGCGAACACCAGAGGGUGGUAUACUUGCUGGAAUCAGUCCAGACCCGAGUUAUGAGGAUGCGAUGGUAUGUCUACCUCUCGACAAGCUAAUUGCGAUUCUUUCGCGAAAUCUUCAAAGACCACACUCCUCCGAGAUCAGGUUCAACCACAGGGUUAUCGAUAUUGAACAAGACGAUAAGCAGGCAAAAGUCAUAGUAGAAACUGAUAAAGGCGUCGUGACAUUGGAAGCCGACUUCGUGAUUGGCUGUGACGGUGCAAACAGUCUAGUCAGGAAAUCUCUGUAUGGGGAUGAGUUUCAAGGAGAGACUCUUCGUAGCCAAAUCAUCGCGACAAAUAUAUACUACGAUUUCCACAAAUUUGGCUACUGGGACUCUCAAUUUAUACUGCACCCUCAAAACUGGUACCUCGCCGCCAAGAUCACUCUCGAUGGAUUAUGGAGAGUCACGUACGGCGACAUUCCAGGUCUGACGAACGAAGAGUAUUUGGAGCGUAACGCUCAAAGAUUUGCCGAGAUACUUCCUGGGAAACCAAAACCGGAGGACUACAAAAUCGCAAACAUUAGUCCAUACAAGUUACAUCAGCGAUGUGUUCCAAGUAUGAGAGUCGGACGAGUACUUCUGGCGGCUGACGCAGCCCAUCUUUGCAAUCCUUUUGGUGGCCUUGGUCUCACAGGCGGGAUAGCAGACAUAUCUUCGCUUUUCGAUUGCUUACUCGCCAUUCACGAAAGACAUGCGGACGAUUCUAUUCUCGAUAAAUGGAGCGAAGUUCGUAUUCGAAAGUGGAGAGAAAUUAUCGAUCCGAUGUCGCGCGCCAAUUUUCGAAGAUUAUGGGACAAUGAGGUUUUGGAGGAGCGAGACAGGUUUUUUGACAUGUGUAGAAGAAUUACUCAGGGCGGAGAAGGUAGACAGGCAUAUAGGGCUGCUACGUAUAUAUUGGAUGAGGAUAUGUCAAAGUACUUCAAGAAAUGA